AUGGUCUUUGCUGCUGGAUUAACUGUGCCAGGCGGUAAUAACAGUGAUAAUUGCAUUCCCAUAUUGCUAAAAUUGUAUGGAUUUAGGAUCUUUGUCAAUUCAGAUGCAGUGGCACUAUUCACCUCAAUAGUUUCCAUCAUUAUGUUCUUGUCCAUUGUGACAUCCCACUAUGCUGAAGAUGAUUUUCUUGUGUCGUUGCCAGCCAAGUUAUUGUUUGGACUCACAAUGCUGUUUGUCUCGAUAGUUAGCAUGCUCUUGGCUUUUGCAGCAACAUUCUUUUUGGUCUAUAGUAAUCAUAUGGGUUGGGAACCAAAGCUCAUUGCAGCUUGUGUUGGUGUUCCUGUGGCUUUAUUUGGGUGUUUACAGUAUAAAUUAUGGUUUGAUGUGGCAAAAUCAACAUAUUGGUCCAAGUUUUUCUUAGAUCGGGAAAGCACAAAUUCUCUUAACAACAGAGCCUUCAUUGCUGAUGACGGUUUCACAUAG